AUGCAUCCUUCAAUACUGACACAAGACCAGAGCCCACACAGGGAAAUGCCUUGCAAAUGUAAUGAGUAUGGCAAAACGUUUCAUCAGGGCUCAAAUCUCAGGAGUCAUCAGAGAAUCCAUAUAGGAGAGAAAUUACAUAAAUGUGAUGUAUGUGACAAGGUCUUUAGCCGAAAUUCAGAUCUUGUAAUUCAUCAAAGAAUUCAUACUGGAGAGAAACCUUACAAAUGUAAUGAGUGUGGCAAGGUCUUUAGUACAAAAGGAAAGCUUUCAGUUCAUCAGAGAAUUCAUACUGGAGAGAAACCUUACAAAUGUAAUGAGUGUGGUAAAACCUUUAAUCAGAGAUCAAUCCUCACUCGACAUUGGAUAAUCCAUACAGGAGAGAAAUUACAUAAAUGUGAUGUAUGUGACAAGGUCUUUAGUCAAAAUUCAGACCUUGUAAUUCAUCAAAGAGUUCAUACUGGAGAGAAACCUUACGAAUGUAAUGAGUGUGGCAAGGUUUUUAGUCAGAAAAGAAAGCUUUCAGUUCAUCAGAGAAUUCAUACUGGAGAGAAACCUUACAAAUGUAAUGACUGUGGUAAAACCUUUAAUCAGAGCUCAACCCUCAGUCGACAUCGGAUAAUCCAUACAGGAGAGAAAUUACAUAAAUGUGAUGUGUGUGCCAAGGUCUUUAGUCAAAAUCCAGACCUUGUAACUCAUCAGAGAAUUCAUACUGUGGAGAACCCUUAA